AUGAGGGUUGUAGCAGCAUCGUCGGGAGACAUUCGAGAGAAAGACUCUGCGGAUGGGACCCUGGGAAGUUUCCUCGAUGCGCUUGGCACCAUACUCAGCUCAUUUCCUGAGGACAGCACCCCGCUGAACCUCGUGGGAGACUUCAACAUCAAACUUGAAGCCUCCCAUACUUCUGCCUUCCUACCACUAUUCCACUCCUUUGACCACUUGCUGCAGCACUAUACUCAAACCCACAAGGCUGGCAACCUCCUUGACCUGAUGUUUGUGAGGAACUGCUCCUCUUCAGACCUCACUGUUGCCCCUCUGCACAUGUCUGAUCACCACUUAAUUUCCUUCCCCGUCCCUCUUGCUCCCCAGGAUCCCUCCCCUCCUCCCACCCCAACUAUGACAGGCCACCGUGACCUCCUCUCUUCCUUCACCCUCCGCUUCCUGCUCCCAGAACUGCGAGAUCUGAGUAGUAGUCAGUACCCGAAAACAACAUGGAUGAAUGGCUACCUUGUUGGCAAUGGUGAUGUAGCUACAAGAAUGCCAUCUCUGUACAUCUCUCGUUUUAUUUUAUUCUUUAUUUUCUUCUGCAGCGUUUGGAAGAGUCGAGCUAAAUCAAUUCCGGAUCAGGGAACACUUGAUGUGCUGAUCAGAGUUCGGGUUUUUGACAACAGUGACCUGUCCCCUUUGCCCGACGCUGCUGUCGAGGUUUACGGGAACCAGUCCACCUUGGCGUCCAGCCGGGCGGGCAGCGAUGGGGUCGUCACGGUCGCCUUCCAGUACCACCCAGGGACGUGGGUCAUCGUCACAGCAUCCAAGCAGGGAUACGUCACCAACUCAGCCCCCUGGCACGCCAGCCGCAUGCCCUUGUAUGCAUCGGUCAGCCUCUACCUGCUCCCCCAGCGUCCAGCCACCCUCAUCCUGUACGACGACGUGGUCCAGGUUCUGCUAGGGUCGCCAGGUGCAAGGAACCAGCCGUUGGUGCAGUUCCAGAGGAAGGCUGUCCACCUGCCAGAGAACUCCUCCUACCCUGAGCUGUCAGCCGUGCUGACCGCUGCUAAGACCCAGUAUGAGAUCGGCGGCUUCCCGUACCUGCUGGGCCAAGAGAUCAAUGCCACAGGCGAUAAUGGCGGCUGGCUGGACCUGACUGCAGUGGCAGCAGUCAGCACUCACCUCUUUACUCGCGAUGGGAGCGCCGUGCAGGUGUCGGAGCCUGUGCACAUCUCCAUCCCCCUGCCCUCCGACACCCCAGUGAAGGCCGCCACCAGCAUCCCCGUGUGGAGGUUCGAGGCCCGGACAGGUCUGUGGGUGAGGAACAGGACAGGGUACAUUAAAAAGGAGGGAAUGCAGCUGACCUGGAGUUUUGUGGCCCCACAGUUGGGAUAUUGGGUUGCAGCCAUGCCUUCUUCCGCAGGGACGAGCUUGAACCCCACAGGGUUGAGGGACAUCACCACCUAUCACACCAUCUUUCUGCUCACCAUCCUUGGCUCCAUUGCCCUGCUGCUGCUUAUUCUGCUCUGUCUGCUGCUCUACUACUGCAGGAGACGGUGUCUGAAGCCAAGGCAGCAGCACCGGAAAAUGCACGCCUCCACCACACUGGACAGCUCCAAGAAGGACCAGGGAACCUCCACGUCUCGCCUCAAUCUCAUCAGCGGAGGCCACAUGGAGACGGCCUCCUCCAACGGCGACAUGGAUGGCGUCAAGUCGGACCUCUCUUCCUCGCGCGACUUCCAGAGCUCACGGGAGGAGUUCUUCAGGCACGUCCCCGCCCACAAGCUGCGGCACGCCAAGGGAGACGGAGGCACCCGCCGAGGCGAGAGCUUCCCCAUGAAGGUGACGCGCUCCACCGACACCAACAGCCUGGACCCCCCGCUGCUGCAGGACGACUACGCCAGGAGCUACAGCUCCAUGGACGACAAGGGCGCCGACAGCCGGCGCCACAACGCCAACGACAACCAGGGUUACUCUUCCGACCCUCCUUCCCCUCCCGGAAUGCCCCCACCCUUUUCGGAGCACUACCAGGGCCCCAAGCCUGAUGGAAAGCCCCCGGAGUACUCCAUGACCCAGUCCUCGGACCACCUUGCUCGGCCCACCUCCUUGAACACCCAGCCUGGGCAGCUGAUCUUCUGCGGCUCCAUUGAUCAGAUGAAGGAGAACAUGUACAGGAGCAUGGUGCCCACGCUGGUCAUCCCGGCCCACUACAUGCGGCUGUCCUCUGACUUCUCCGGGGUGGACCAGGCGGCAGAGCAGCCACAGCAGCAACACGACAUGGAUGCCAUCCAGGGGGGCAUGACCCCCCAGCAGCAGCAGCAGCAGGGCCAGCAGCAGGCCGGUGCCCCGGGGGAGGACCCCGAGGGUCGCAGCUGGGGCCCCAACCCGUCCUCGGGCCCCGUCCGCAUACCCGUCCUCUUCAACGACUCCACCAUGGCCCAGAUGAACGGGGAGCUGCAGGCUCUAACGGAGAAGAAGCUGCUGGAGCUGGGGGUGAAGCAGCACCCGCGGGCCUGGUUCAUAUCACUGGACGGACGCGCCAACUCCCACGUGAGGCACUCGUAUAUCGACCUGGGCAACGAGCGCCGGAUUAACAACGACCCAAACCUGGAUUCUGGGCCAGAAGUAAAGGAGUGCAAGACGAUACCUGCCAUGCACCGCAAGGGAAAGGGCAAAAGUAAGGAAGAGCGCGCAGGCGCCGACCGCAAAGACCAGGGUGGCAAGGCCUACUCCAAGCUCACCUACCUGGACGACACAGAGCCGAGUAGCAGCGAGAGCCGUACGGCCAUGUGCUCACCAGAGGACAACUCCCUCACCCCGCUGCUCGACGAGGCCCCGGAGCCUCGCGGGACCUCCAUCCCCCGGCGGGGCCGCAGCCGGGUCAACAGCUCCCGCAGCAGCAACAGCGAGACGCGCCGGGACUCCAUGACCAGCCCCGAGGAUGACAAUGACCCGGACGACAAGGAUGACAAGGGCGAGAACAAGAAGAGCCCCUGGCAGAAGCACGAGGAGAGACCUCUCAUGGUCUUCAAUGUCAAAAAGUAGGUCUGGGUGCCCAGGGACCCCUCAUACUGUUUCUGAGGGGGCACAGGAUUCAGGCUCCAUUGAUGGUGUGCUUAUAGAUCCUUCCCUGAAAGUGAUCUUUGGGUAAAAAUACCAACAAAAACAUGACCAUCUAAUCCAAUGCAACCCACUGGAAAGCACAACUAUGACAUGGAUCACUUGAAGACCCAGAUGUGUUGGAAGUACAUUGCUACAAAAAAAAUCAUCCUCAUUGUUUUGAUGUGAUUGAGUCAAACAUCUUGUUCGUUCCCUAAAUCCCAGACUUAUUUUGGAGGAGCAUGGUUUGUCGUCUCCGUAGGGACUAUCCCAGCAUGUAUCAAGCUGUCAUCAGAAGUUGAAUUCUUCCUGUGUUGGAUAAAGCAGAAACUGAGUGGACACUGAUGGUCAAUGACAGUAAAGUGAAUGCAGAGUUUCUUUCCCAAGCUGAUUUCUUUUUUAAAAUCAUUUCCAUAGAGUAUGUUGUAAAUCUUAAUCAUAUUUUUGUUGAAUGAGCUGUUUCCAGAAACAAUGAUGUUCAGCCAUUUUUUGGGAAUAGCCAGCAGACCAAAUAUAACUGCUUUGUUCCAAUGGAAAUGUUUCUUAACUGUCCCUUCUGGCGGAAAAGAAAGUUCUGGCAAUGUUGACAUUGGAUACCUCUUUGUUUUUGUGUUUUGGUUUCAUUGGUAUUUGGUUCAUUUAAGCUCAACAGCUAGACAGAUUAGAAUGAAACAGCCAGUGUUUUCUGUGGAACUGUCAACAAGACCUUUUUUUUAAAUGUGUUGUUGUGGUCAAGAGGAGAAGUACAGUGCUGUAAAUGGACAUGGCUUGGAAACCUGCUAUGAUGUGGAUUGUUUUUUGAUCAUAUUUUUUUUUGAUCAUCAUUUUUUGAUUGUGUUUGGAUCAUAUGAGAAUUCACUUCAGUGUCCUGCCUUGGAUAUCCCAUCAAAUCCCGAUUUGCGUUCUUAUAAUUGUCCCUGGGAAUCACCUAUAGACAACCACAGGUCCCGAAAGCCUGGAAGAUGUUACUAUGAAAAAAAGAAUGCUACAUUUUUGUUUGGACAUCUGGUUCUUUAACCUGUGGAUUUAUGAAAGGACUUUGUAGUGUUUAAUGUUAGCCAUUGUUGCUUUUAUUCAAGUGAAUGGAUUUAUUCAAUUGAAUCUGAAUGAUUGCCCUCUGUGAAUCUGUGUUACUCUUUCAGGGACCUUCAGUGUCAAGUUAAUCCAAUCAACAUGGCAAAAUUUUAUUGACAGAAAUACAAUUGGGAUCAGAAGAGCUGCUAAAAUAUAGGUUAUGUUUACACCGGAGGUCUUGAUGCCCAGUUCAGAUUUUCUGCCUAUAUCAAAACAUAUUUUGACUUCCUGUUUGUCAUACCCCAUAUCCGAUACCUGUGUUAACAGUUUACAGCCCGCAGGUGUACAUGAGGGUUUGGUUACCAAUCUAGAAGUAAACUUCCACACAGACACAAGGGAGACCUGCAAUGGAUGCAAAUGAGACCGACAUAAUAAUGAAAAGUUAUUGCUUUCCGAAGCAUCUUUAGAGGUCUGCAAUGAACAUCCCCUGUAUUUAGACCUGGACUGACUCUUCAGCCCAAGUUCACCCUAUUUCUGGUUCCGGUGUCAUCGAGCUGGCUUGCUGUCUAGGUUUGUAAGUGUAUCCACCUAGUUAGCUACUUAUUAUAAUUUAUAAAUGCUGGCUAGCUAGUUAUCUUAGCUACUACUAGUUGGCCAGCAAGACUAUUGAGUUGACCAAUCUAAUUGCAACUAUACUGUCACACCAUGACACACCCUUGAGAGGACAGACCAGCUGGACACAGGGAGACAUUGCCGGGCCUUUAUUCACAAUAAGAGUGGGGGGAGAAGGAGAGAGAGGAUGCCAACAAACGGGAAAAAUAGAUCAAAGUCUUCAGUGUUCACCCUCGCAGGAUUCGGACAAAGAACAAUUAACUAAAUUAAUAAAAGCAACGACGAUAACCCAAAUUGCGUGCAGUUUGCAUCUCUUCUCUCCUCUGUGGACAGAAGCACACAUUUGAAAAGCCUGGACCGAUUCGUAACGUAGUCCAGGUGUGUGCCGACUUAACCAGUAGGUGUGGUCCUCAGAUUUCCCUGCUACCUUCCCGCAAACCGCAUCCUUGCCACACAUACAUAUGCAAGCGCAGAACUAAGGGCUGUUUCGUAGCCUACUUCUGCAGAAUACACAUAACACAUAGGUGUUGUGUGGCAUAUGCUGCAUAUUUUAGGUGACAUUGGCUCAGGAGGUAAGAGGGGAGGGUUGCUGGUUUGAUCCUGCCCUAGGUGUGUCGGAAGUGUCCCUGAGCAAGACACCUAACCCUCAAUUGCUCCUGAUGAGCUGGUUGGUGCCUUGCAUGGCAGCCAAUUGCCAUUGGUGUGUGAAUGGGUGAAUGAGAAGCAUCAAUUUGGAUAAAGGCGCUAUAUAAAUGCAGACAUUUAUCAUUUAUUUGUUAAUGGUGCAGACUACGUCCACGUAGAUGUUGCAUACAGUACAUCCCCAAAAAUUAAAAAGCACAGGGCCAGAAUCACGUACUUACUCGCAACGCAAGAUGCGGCCUGACAAGGGUAUGUUGGUGCGGUUGCAGUCUGUGACUUCAAACAUUUGUUACUGUCGCUAUGGUUGAGCACGUUAUUUCAGUCAUGUCCCACAGCUUAGCAUGAGAUAUUGGUUAAUUUCUUAAAUUAUUUUCUAAAUAUUUUCUGUGACAAACACCCAGCCUUAAUUAUUGCUUGACUGGAAUCAUUAAUAUCUAAUAUGAAUAAUCUUUAGAUUUGAACUAGAGUUGAACUAGUGUGAUUUUUGUUGCAAAGAUUAUUUAAAGUUAUUUCAAGAUUCAGAGCCUGUGUCUCUUGAGCCAGAGAAAUGUAAUGCACAAUUCAAACCUUGUUAAUUACGUGAACUUUAGUAAAUUCAACGGAAUACAUAAUCAGCCACACUUAUAAUAUCUUCGCCCUUUAUUUGCAUGAUCCACCCUUAAAUGCAUCUGCAUUAGGGAGAGAAGCGCAGCUUGCCUAGAUCUCACAUAUACUGCAGCCCAGCCCUGUGCGCCAGUCUGAUACAUACAAAGCAUGUUUCCUGGGCAGAAUGCUUCACACGUGUGCCUGAAAUUCAUUCAAAUAGUAUUUGUUUUGGAUUCAAAUAAUUUUCUGUGCUCUACUGAUAUUGCCUGGUCCAUUUGCACCAGCAAGGAGGAGCAGAUGGGCAGGGUUUAUACUUUUGGGAUAAUUUAAUUUGUUCCAAUUCACUGUAUUUGAAUGUAAAGAAAUGUUAUUUGAACCCAGGUCUAGGGUUGUUACAUCACCAUGACACUGGAACCAGAAAUAAGGUGUCACAGAAUUCACAGUGGUCGCAGUCUUUGCAGUUACACCACAGAGAGUGGUUCCACAUGUUACAGGUUCAGACAAGGAACAAAUAUAGGAAUAACGUAUCUUCAAGGACAUGUGAUGUAUUCCUUACAGAUAUAUUUCCAGUUAUGUGGCCCAAAACAGAUCUGGAAAUAUCUGAUUCCACAUGCUUUUUUCCUGUUCACAUAGUACAUCUGCCACAUGUGAGCUGAAAAUCGGAAUUGGGUCACUGUUACCAGCCCUUAUCACUAAUCACUAAACUGCAUAGCGUCACAUUUCCUGCUGUGUUAUACAUAAUGAAUAAUGUGCAUCCCAAAUUAUUUUGUAUGCAUUCUUAUUAGGUUAAAGCACAAGACAUACUUUAAUGAAAGAUGUGUAGUGGACUGAUACAAUUCCUGUGUAUUUUUGGUUUUAUUCAGAGGGCAGUUACCAUUUGUGAUGGUUAAGAGAUCGGAUUAACAAGGGGAAUCCUGCAGAUCCCUGCUGUGGUACUGGGAUCCUAUAUGGACCCAAUCAUAUUUCUGUAGGCCUGGGAGGGAAUCGGGUCUUAUUUACUGCAAAAACAAUCAUUGAAGCAUUUCAUAGGGUCAAACUAUUGGAAAUAGGUAAAACAUCUGAAGACAUCAGGAGGAAGAAUUUACUAUACCACACAGAGGUCUAAAGUAAAAGUUCACUAAAGUACAAAUUCACUACUUAGACAUACAUAAUAUAAGCACUUGUUUAUCAUGAAUUUUGUAAGAAUUUGUUGUAUAUUGUGAAAUAUUUGAGAGACAUUGCUAAACGGCCAUCCAAAAACGAGGCUGCUAGACCAACAAUCCCAUAGUGCCCUUGACAACAUAAAUAUUGUGACUUUGGGUCACGCUGGAGCCUCCCUGUUCCAGCUCAUAACAAACCCAAAUUCAUAUUAUCUUCUGUUCACUUUGAAUGUGCAACAAUCACUCAGUUUUCUAUUUGAAGUACAGAAAACUGUUCAGUUAACCAAUGUAGUUAGUCCUCUUGUCCUGGCACACCCUCCCAUGAGACGGAGAAUGUGUAUUGUGUAUGUUCAUGUGAAGUCCUUUCCAGCAAGGAAAGAAGGCCUCAGUGGAAAUGGCCUGGAGAGAGAGGAAGGAAGACGCCCUUUAGCAUGAAGGUGAGGGUCUACUCGCCACACUUACUGAUGUGCAAAUUAGUGUCAGAAAUGCACACAAAUAGUUCAUUACCCAUCAUAUGAACCAUACCGCAUUAUCUCCGUCAAGUGCCUUCUCUUGCAUAGAUUUUUGUGGCUAGCACUGAAGGCCUUUUCAGCUGCUGACAAAAGGAGUGUUGUACAUGCAAGCAAAACAAGUUCAUUUUGACGAUGGCAAGCAUGUAAGUUUGUGGCAACGUAAUGAUUACAAAGACCCAUUCACUGCUAGCACCGCAAAUCAUUUCAUAUUCUUACUCGAUAACAUUCUCUAGUUUACCAGCAUUUCAGCCAAGUUUUGGGGGGGAAGGGAUAUAUUUUUCAUGAGUGCAAAUGGUAUGAGAUAUAGUUUAGAAACAUGCAUGUGUAGUAGAUUAUUGUAUGAAGAUUCAGAUAUUCCCACAGUCUAGGCUUCAGUUGGCUACUUCAUGGAACAGGAGCGACUAUCUGACCCUUAUCCAUGUUUGCUGACUGUUUCAACAGUGUAUAGUAUAAGUCCUCUGGUGUAUUGAAUGUGCAACUCUGACAGUGAACUUGUUAAAUGAAAAGGAGCAGCAGCUGGCUAGCAGUGUUUUAUGGGAUGUGCCUGCUAAUCUGGAAACCAGGAAUAUGAUCGAUAAUUUACAAAUUGAGAAAAAGAAAAAGCAAAACGUGGAAACAAUAGGAUUCGUUCACGUGCAUUACAAAAUGGCCGAAGGUCAUUUGAUUCACAUGCCAAAUGUCCAUCUAAAGGUAGGUGACUACUGCUUUUUGUCACACCUUGAGCAUUCCCCAGUCACUCUUUCAGGCAUUUACAAUAGACUUAGCAGCCAAAACACCCUUAUUGCACAGUCAGCAACAACACUGCCUAUGAAAACAACUGUGAACUUCAUUUCUGAAGAACAUUAGCCUGUCCAUGUUGAACUAUGGAUUUUCAUUGCUUGUAAAAAAAUUAUGCAGCCUUGCAUCCACCUGGGAAAGUAAAUCCAAUUGGACAUGGCACUUAAUCUGGCAUAACUUGUGGUAGAAACAGACUUGUGUCUUCAAGGACAGUUAUUAAACCUGGGGUAGGUGAUCUGUGGCCGUGAGCAGAAUCUGGGCAGAAGAAGAAAGAUUUUGAACGUAUACAGAGAAACCCACCCCCUCCUCUUCGUCACCCACACGGGUUCGACGUUGCUGUGGCCAGUCAGCCUCUCGGGGCUGCGAGCCACAAUUCUGAUAGGCAGGUAGGCUGAUGGCUGAGAGCUGCCCUCACUGUAUUUUAGCUACAGGGAGCGAUGAAAAACCUGAAAAUGAAUCCUGGGACAGUCACAGAUAUCUAGAUUUCUUUCCAAGAGCAGUUGGUUUAUUGCUACCUGUCGGAAUGUUAAGAGAAUAUUACCUAAUUUUUGCCUACUCCAGCUUUAAAAUCUCUGCAACCAGAGACAUUGUGCCAAUUAUGAAUUCCAUUUAAAAAGGGAAAUCGAUUUGCAGGGGACCAUAUCUGACCUCUAGCAAGCACAAAGGCUUCAGAAACCACUAAUUGAAGAUACCUCAGUCCAAUUAAGCAUUCAUGAGUGAUUCCUAAUCAGGUUACAACAUACAAGACAAUGCUGUUAAUUUAAUCAAAGGAAAGCAAAAAUGUUCUGGUUUACUAAGUAGCCAAACACUGACAAAACAUGUAUUCAAAGCUUGAGGGCAGAUUUUUCGUAAAAUAUUCCUGUUUUGUAAUAUUAUUGGUGAAACUUCAAGCCAUUCUCUUUAUUGAGAUAAAACCCAAGUCCCUUUUUAUUUAUUGCCUGCUAACGUUUGUCCUUUUUCUAAAAUGCUGUCACUGAGCCUUUUUCUCAAUGUCGCUUAAUAUCUGAAGUUGUCUUAUCUGUGGUUUGCUAAACCUGGUCCAACUAUGCUACUCUUAUGUGUAUAACUAACUAGAACUGUUGUGUUCCAAUGAGAUGAGAUCCAUUAUUUGAAAAUUAGAGUAUAGUAGGAAUUCGUUGUUAGCAUAAUGACCACAUUUAAAUCUUGAAAAUGUGGAAAAACUGAAACUGAACUUUUCACCCUCACAGACUAAUGUAAACAUAGCCAGGUUCUCUUGUACAGUGGCUUCAGAAAGUAUUCAGACCCAUUCACUUUUUGCUUGUUGUAAAUUUAAAUUUCAAUGGAUAAGAUUGCCAUUUUUGCCCAUCAAUCUAGUGAAGAACCCAUAAUGACCCAUAAUUUAACCCAAAAAGUUAAAACAUAUUCCUAGAAAUUUAACUCAUUAAUUACAUCAAACACUGAAAUUUUUCAUUUAUAUAGGAAGUAUUCAGACCCUUAAUUCAGUACUUCAUAGAAGCCCCUUUGGCCGUAAUUACAGGGUCUCUACAAGCACUGCACACCUGGACACUUCAGUGUUGUCUUAGCUGUAUACUUUGGGUCAUUGCCACACUGAGUGAAUUUAGAGUGACAGCAAAGGGUCGGACUACUUACCUCAAUGAGAUUUCAGUUUUUAAUUUGUAAUACAUUUUCACUUCAUUAUGGGUUAUUGAGUGCAGAUUUAUGGGCAAAGAUUUUUAUCCAUUUAAAAUUAAAUCUACAACACAAAGUGCGCAAAACAAAAGGGGUCUGAAUACUUUCUGACAUCAAUCUACACUGUAGUAGUAUCUACUGGAAGACAGUGAGAAAAUUGUACCUUAAGGUCCUAAAAAAUGCCCAAUAAAAUACAUUGUCUGUGGUGCGCUCUGCAUUUUAAACAGUAGGUGAUCCUUGUCCAAGAUAAUGCUUCAACGGGGUAUAAAUGUCAUGUCAAGAAAAGGGCAAUUUAAUUCAGAAUAGAAUAUUAAAAUGUAACUCAGUUCUGUAUGUUGACUGUACAGUUGAACAUCCUGUCUAGGUCAUAUGUUUGUGUCCAGGGCAUAAAUGGUGAGGGAAACUCAUUGGAACUUGGCCGAGGGGACCUUUUCCCCUUUCAGUGUAAAGAAAUUGUGAUUUUGUUUAACAUGAGAAAUUGAUAUUGGUAUAAUUUUUGACAGUAUCCAUUUUGCAACUUAUUUUAGGAUUAGGGUGGAUUUUCUACCUUAAUUUUGUCAUACCAAGCAAGUGUUGUACAUGCAGACGUACACUCAGUGAGCACUUUUAGAUAUUUGACUUCUGCUGCUGUAGCCUAUCCACUUCAGAGGUGUGAUACGCUGUAUGCUCAGAGAUGCUCUUCUGCAUACCACUCUUGUAAUGCGUGGUUAUUUGCGUUACUGUCACCUUCCUAUCAGCUUCAACCAGUCUGGCCCUUCUCCACUGACCUCUCUCAUUAACAAUUCUCUGUAGAAAAUGUUGUGCAUGAAAAUCACAGGAGAUCAGCAGUUUCUGAGAUACUCAAACCACCCUGUCUGGCACUAACAAUUAUUCCAUGGUAAAUAUUUGCAUUAACACGCUGGUGUACAGGUCUGAUAAAUAGCUCACUGAGUGUAUAUAAUAGUGUUGAACACUGCCUCACUGGUAUCCGCGUCUCUUCCGGUGCCUUAGAUCAUGCCGCUGCCUCCUCCCAAAUUAGCCUUCAAAAACUGGAUUGGUUUUCAGCAAGAUCGCCUUAUACAGCUUGGUAAAAAAAAAUCACUCUACAGAAAAAUGUGCUGUAGUGUAAAUAACUCCGAUAUAAAGUCCACACAAUACUUGAAUACUGUCAAAUUAAACCUGAACCAACACGGAAGUAUUUGGGCCUUUGCACAGCACCAGAACAUUUUUUACAUUUAUUUAAGAAACAUUUAAAAAUUGCUCCUAAGCCAUGACAAACCUUAAAAUAAAAGCUCAUAAAACAGUCCGCACAGUAUUUCUCUACUAGGUUGUACCAUCAAGCAGAAACUGAACAGGCUUUUCCAUGUAACGGCAGAAUGGAAUUUUGAAAAUAGUUGUGAAUGACUGUUAAGCGUUUUUAUUUCAAACUUUGUUAGAAUGUGUGAAACUCUUGCUGAGUGGUGAAAAGUCACUCCUUGUCUUUUUACUUUCAUUUUCAGUGCAAUCUUUACGCUUGUUCUUAUUAAUAAUGUUAAUAUACAAAGAUUAAAGCAUUUAACAUGUUUGA